GUAUCAUCACUUCAGCUUUUUAGUUUGCAAAUAAACUUUGGCAACGACGAAAGUGCUCGCGUUGUGAGUAUCUUUUUCGCGACUCUUCUUCAUCCACACAUCCCACACACACACUGGCCGUUAAGCUAGCGAAAUCAGCUGCUAAGUUGUGUAACCACUUCCACCCUUUACCCGAUCGAAUUGUUGUGUUUUUCGUAUUUUGUUUUAUGUUUAAUAAGAGAAUAAAAAUAAAAAUAUAAACAAAAUUAUAAAAGAAAAUUAAAACAAAUUCACAACAAAAAUGACAUCAAAAAUCUUCCGAACUGUAAUACUUGGCGCUCCCGCAUCUGGCAAAGGCACUAUCGCCAAUCGCAUCGUUGAGAAGUUUGGCUUCGUCCACAUCUCACCGGGGGACAUUCUUAGGUUGAAUGUUUCGAAUGGUACGGCUCUGGGCAAAAAAGCCAAAACCUACAUGGAUGAAGGCAAGCUGGUUCCAGAUGAACUUAUUAUCAAGUGUGUGUCUGGGCGAAUUAUCGAAGCCGGCAACAGAUCAUGGAUGCUAGAUGGCUUUCCACGCACAGUUGCCCAGGCAGAACGUCUUCAAGCAACCGAACCUGUUGAUGCAGUUCUUAAUUUAGAUGUGCCAACAGACGUGAUAAUCGAACGAGUCAAGGGUCGUUGGAUCCAUCUUCCAUCAGGCCGAGUUUAUAACGAGGGUUUCAAUAGUCCCAAAGUACCAUUCAAGGAUGACGUAACUGGAGAGGAUUUAGUGCAACGUCCUGACGAUAAACCAGAAAUAGUGCGAAAACGAUUGGAGGUCUAUCAUGAGGCAAUGAAACCGGUUCUAGAGUUCUAUGAGAAAUACAAUCUGGUGACGAAGUUUGCUGGUCGAAAGACUGCAGAAAUUUGGCCAGAAGUUGAGAAAUUUCUGCUCAAGAAGACAGAAGAGGUGGUUGCGAAAAGACAGUGACGAAGUGAAAAACAAUAAAUAAAAAAUGUUGUUCCAAAAGACAGCUCCAUGGGUAACAUAUCGUCAAACACAGCUAGUUUGUUCGCACAGACUCAUACACAUUCAUACUCAUUCUAACACGUGCAAAAUACUGUAAUUACAUAUACAAAAUGUACAUCCUUAGUCAAUAAUAAAAAAAUUGUUUUUAUUUUUCUGUUA